CAGUCUUCACAUUCCUCAAAGCAAACCUAUUCCGAUUCUUAUUUUGCUUCCCCUCUUUUUCUUUCUCUUCUCUCAAAGUCAAAAUUCAAUUCCACUUUUGACAGAUUCAUUCAUUCCCUGUUCGGCGAGAGAUCAUGGCGAUGAUUGCGGACAUUCUCGUUGCGGCUGACACCGUCGCAGUCACCGCUGCGAAAGGCCUAUGCGUCCUCCGUAGCUGCCAUUCCACCUGCAACGUUUCCGUCACCGAUUCCCUCGCCGACCAGAUCUCGGCCAUCCUUCAGCCUUACGACGCGGUGGCGCCGCCGCCAGUGAAGCCUAGAUCGUACAGGGUGCCGCGUCGGACGCUUCUUCGGAAAAAACGACGAACGAAGCGCAAGUUGUCCGGCGAUGGCGCCGGGGACAAGGGAAACGAGGGCUUUUUCUUUGGCGACGGAGACGAUGGUGUUUUCGGAGGCGGCGGCGGCGGAGGGUUCGGAGGAAGCGGCGGAGGUUGGAAUUUCAAUAGGUUUGGGGACGGGCAUAAUGAUUGGGAUGAACAUUCGAUUCCGGACCCUGCGUUCGAUUUCGUGUACCAGGUGCUGUCUUGGAUCAUGCUUUCGAAUUGCAUCCAUUUCGCGUUCAAGAGGAUCGUUCAAAUCCUUGCGGAUGGCGCGAUUGUGGAUUCUGGUGAUAGGGAAAAAGUUCCAGCUAGAUUAACCCCAAUUUGUUGAUUUGCUAGUUCAUACUUCUUGGACUGAUUUUAUUUUCAAUUUAAUAUUUGCCAGAUAUGAUGAUAGUUCUUAUUGAAUUGGAAUGCCAUGUAGAGAUAGCAGAUGCUUGAUUAUUACUGUCUUUAUUCCAAAAUCGAGGAAUCAUGAUCACAUUACUCUUGAACAUUUCCCCCCCUCUUAUUACUGCCAUCAUUGUACUUGUACAGUGUAUGCUGUAGGAUUGAUUGGUUGUUUAAAGUUUGAACCUACCGGAGUUGAAGUGUUUAAUCU